AUGUUUGACAAUACAAGCCGUCCGAACGCGCGACCUACACCCUGGUUGAGGGUGAACGACACGGUUAUAAAAGCUAUACAGCCCGAAGCGGUGGGCAUGUGGCUCAGCAACACCGGAGGGAGGGUGGAUAUGGCGCGGAGCACAAUCAUAGCCAAUGGUACUCUAGUCCGAGCUGUCGCCGCCGGCAUGCCUGCCUGGGAUGGCUCGAGCGGAUUCGAAAAGAGGCACUUUGGAGACGAGAGUACAGCUAUGAUAUUCAGUGUUGCACAAUCCUCCCUUAGAGGUGACAUUGUGGUCAGCGGCAGGGGCGGCAUUGACUUGCAGCUGAAGGAAAUGUCUGAAUGGGUCGGGUCGGCCGUGGCGGAACACAGUGACAGCCACGUCCAUGUUGAUCUCUCUCGAAACUCGAUAUGGAGGUUGACCAAUCAUACCCAUGUCCAGAAGCUCAUGGACGACGACCCGACGCUUGGAAACAUUGAUAGCCAAGGCUUCAACCUGACAUACUGCAAGAAUGUUUCCAACAUUGCGGUCCCUGUUUCUCCUCUCGCAGGCGGUGGGUUUGCUGUUGGUCUACCGGUUUGA